UGUGAUUGCGCAACUCGGAAGGGCGAAAAGCAUCAUGUAGACAAUUCUAGAAAGUUCACCACAGCUGUUUAAAUGAUCGAAUUAUCCAGAAGGUGUACUAAGUCCUAUAUAUAAAGGAUAUCAGUAGUUGAGAUAUAAGAGUGUUUGAAUCUCAAUAACGGUAUAGCUGUUUGACUAACAAGUCUAAACAAUUUCAAAUAAACUAUUUUCAGUAUGGCUUUUUCGCGUAGUUUAAUACCUGCAUUGCUUGGCCGAGAUUGGUGGGACGCUUGGGAUUUUCCUGCUCGUAUUCCUGAUCAGCAUUUUGGGCUCGGGCUUCAUGACAGUGAUAUUUUUACACCAACUAUGUAUCAUAUCUACUACAGACAACCCCGGCGACAAGUAAGCUCUCAAGCAAGCAGCGGCGGCCUCUCUCAGGUGAAAAACGACGCCGAAAAAUUCCAGGUAUCACUUGAUGUUAGUCACUUUGCUCCUAACGAAAUAAAUGUGAAAACUGUAGAAAAUUGCGUUGUCAUAGAAGGUAAACAUGAAGAAAAACCAGAUGAGCACGGCUUUGUAUCUCGACAAUUUGUACGACGAUACAUGUUGCCCAAAGAAGUCGAUCCAGAAACUGUAAAAUCAUCCCUGAGUUCGGACGGUACUUUGACGAUCGAGGCACCUAAGAAAGCCUUGGAGGGUGAGCAGCCAAAUGAACGAGUUGUACAGAUUCAAAUAAGCGAUAAACCAGCAUUGAAAGAAGGCCAGUAAAAACGUGUUCCAAUAGAAUGUUAGUGCUUAACUUCAGAUACGUGUUCUUCUAAAAAUGUGUAAUGAAUAGGUUUUAUGCGUAAUGAUAUAAGGUAUUUUUCUCUACCAGAGAAAAUAAUUCAAUCUAAUUAUCAAAUAAUAUUCGCCAGUUGUCCGAGUUUUAUGUAUUUCACUGUGAUAAUUUGUCAUUUAUGUUAGCGAUGAUGUAAUACUCAAUAUUUAUCUAUUAAUAAUACAAAAAAAGUAAAAACUCAGAUGUUUUAAAGUUAUAUAUUCUAAAUACUUGUGUCUAAUUUUGGAAAUUGUGCUUCCUAAUGUGCAAAUAAAUGGGUAUAGAUGUAGA